GUAUGGUGAAACUGUGAAACGCGGAUCAUCAUUGAUCGCUUCCCCUACCACAGAAAAAAAAAAAAGAAUAUAUCAGUCAAUAAGCUCCAAAAUUCGGAUUAAAAAAAAAAUAAUAAAAAUUCAAAAAACCUGAAUUCAAGGAGGGAAAAUCCCUCUCGAGUAGAAGACGAAGAAUCUUCUGGCGAUUCGAAAAGUGAGAGGGUAAGCUAAAGGUUGAAACUUUCCUUCUCUAACCAGCCUUUGAAGAUGAAUCUUUACAAGCCACCUGAUAACAAGCUUAUGCGACUCAUCUGAUUUUUUAUAACGUAUUGGAGAGUGACUCAAGGACUUGGAGAUUAGAGUUUGCAUCUCUUAGGUGAUGAGUUUUGGAUUCUAGACUUCCAUGAGAGUCAUAGCAUGAAGGUUGGGAGGUUUUUAGAUGGAUAAAGGGGAUUGUAAUAAAGGGGAUUGUAAUAAAGGGGAUUGUAGUAGGACACUCUGUGAGAUUGUGGGUCUGCUAAAAUCAUGGCUCCCUUGGCGGUCCGAGCCAGCUACUGUCUCCAGGGAUUUCUGGAUGCCUGAUCAGAGCUGUCGUGUGUGUUAUGAGUGUGAUUGUCAGUUCACCCUUAUCAACCGUAGGCAUCAUUGCCGUCUUUGUGGGAGAGUCUUCUGUGGGAAAUGUACUGCGAACUCAAUACCUUUGGCUACCAGCGACUUGAGAGCUCCCCGUGAGGAGUGGGAGAGGAUCCGUGUUUGUAAUUAUUGUUUCAGCCAAUGGGAGCUAGGUGAUGGUGGAACGCAUCUUUCGAAUAUUCCGGGGAUUAGUAGUUCGUCUUCUGAGACAAGUCUUCUUAGCUCAAAGACUAUUACAACUGCUAAUAGUAGUACUCUUGGCUCGAUGCCAGGAUUGGUUGGUCCUUAUCAGAGGGUUAAACGUGGUUCUGAUGUCAGUUUGCACGGAGUGGCUUCUAAAGAGCAAGGCAAAGAGACUUCAAGGAGUAAUAGUUUCAUAGCCACAGAUGUGGAAGAUCCAUCUCGCUUUGGUUUAAACAGGAGUGAUGAUGAGUACGAUGAGUAUUGUGCAUACCAGACUGAUACUGAGACGAGUCAUUCUCCUCAAGCUAAUAAAUACUAUGGCCCAAUGGAAUAUGAGGAGAUGAGCCACUGUAAGCAUCUGAGUUUCGAAACCACCGCUGACCAGAAAAGCGUAAGCGGCUCUCCACUCAUUCAUCAGAGUCUUGAAUCUGUAAUUGGGGAAGGAUCAGAGCAGUUCCAGAAAAAAGAUGAGAGUGAUGGUCGUGACGAAAGUGAAGCACCUUCUCCGCCAGAUAUUUCGGAUGAUCAAGUGGCAGAGCCGGUGGAUUUCGAGAACAAUGGACUUUUGUGGGUUCCACCUGAUCCAGAAAACGAAGAAGAUGAGAGAGAAAGCUCUUUGUUUGACGAGGAAGAAGAUAAUGAGGGAGAUGCCUCAGGUGCGUGGGGAUAUUUACGGCCUUCCACUAGCUUUGGAAGUGGAGAGUUCCGUAGCGAGGAUCGAACGAGUGAAGAGCACAAGAAGACUAUGAAGAAUGUGGUUGAUGGGCAUUUUAGAGCUUUGCUUGCACAGCUGUUGCAAGUGGAUAACCUCCCUGUGAGCGAUGAAGAUGGCAAAGAGGGCUGGUUAGAGAUUAUCACCUCUCUUUCUUGGGAGGCGGCUAACUUACUGAAGCCUGAUAUGAGCAAAAGUGGAGGGAUGGAUCCUGGUGGCUAUGUCAAAGUAAAGUGCUUAGCUUCUGGGUUUCGACAUGAUAGCAUGGUGGUUAAGGGAGUUGUUUGCAAGAAAAAUGUAGCUCAUAGGAGAAUGAAAGCGAAGAUUGAGAAAGCUAGACUAUUGAUUAUAGGCGGUGCCCUUGAGUAUCAAAGGGUCUCAAACCAGUUCUCAAGUUUUGAUACUUUGCUGCAACAGGAAAAGGAGCAUCUAAAGAUGGCUGUUGCAAAGAUUCACGCUGAACGUCCAAAUAUUCUACUAGUGGAAAAAUCAGUUUCUCGAUUUGCGCAAGAGUAUCUUCUAGCCAAAGACAUAUCUCUUGUUCUAAACAUUAAGAGGCCACUUUUAGACCGCAUUGCUCGCUGCACCGGUGCUCAGAUAAUUCCUUCAGUAGAUCACCUCUCCUCUCAAAAGCUGGGUUACUGUGAAAAUUUUCGGGUGGAUAGGUUUCUUGAAGAACAUGGUCAAGUUGGAAAGAAAGCAGUAAAGACGUUGAUGUAUUUUGAGGGUUGUCCAAGGCCAUUAGGCUUUACAAUUUUGCUUAGGGGUGCUAAUGAGGAAGAGUUGAAAAAAGUGAAGCAUGUGGUCCGAUAUGGAGUUUUUGCAGCUUAUCAUUUGGCACUCGAGACAUCGUUUCUUGCUGACGAAGGAGCCUCACCAGAACUCCCCUUGAACUCCCCGAUUACGGUAGCUCUUCCGGAUAAAUCUACAAGCAUUGAAAGAUCCAUAUCUACUGUGCCAGGUUUCACGGUCUCUUCCAUACAUGAUAAAUCUCCAACAAUGAUAUCUGGUUUCGAACCACAACGAGCAAACAGUGUCCCAGCAUCAGAGUUGCUUUCGACCACUGCCAAUCUGUCCUUCCAGAAGGAUAUAAAUCCUAUGAUACCCAAUGGUUCAGGCUGGCAGGCUAAAGAAACAAAUCCGGGUUUCGUAUUUUCACGCUGUAAUGUUUCAUUGACUUUGCCUGACCGUGUGACUGAGGGAAGAAACUCAAAUUUGUCUGAAAGAGAUGCACUGGCAGACACACCAGCAGACAAAAGCAACCCAUCUAUUGAGGCAGCAGACAUAUUGUCUGAAGGCUUUGUGCGAAAGACUUAUCAAAGUAGUACGAGCGUUAUAGUAGAGCCCCAGGACAAUGGUUCAGACCUUACAACCAUCCAACAACAAAACAGUGAGGAUUCAAAGGAACCACAAUCUCAAAAAGAGGAAUUUCCUCCAUCACCCUCUGAUCAUCAGAGCAUUUUGGUUUCUUUAUCGUCCCGAUCAGUGUGGAAAGGAACCGUGUGUGAGAGGUCUCAUCUCUUCCGGAUAAAAUACUAUGGUAGUUUCGAUAAACCAUUGGGACGGUUCUUGAGAGAUCAUUUGUUCGAUCAGGGUUACAGGUGUCGUUCAUGUGAGAUGCCAUCAGAAGCUCACGUUCACUGUUACACUCAUCGACAAGGCAGCCUUACUAUAUCUGUGAAGAAGCUCCAAGAUUAUCUCUUACCUGGUGAAAAGGAGGGGAAGAUCUGGAUGUGGCAUAGAUGUCUGAGAUGUCCCCGACCUAAUGGCUUUCCUCCAGCGACUCUACGAGUGGUGAUGUCUGAUGCAGCCUGGGGAUUGUCGUUUGGGAAAUUUCUGGAGCUCAGUUUCUCAAACCACGCAGCUGCCAGUAGAGUAGCAUGUUGUGGCCAUUCUCUCCAUAGAGACUGCCUUCGCUUCUAUGGAUUUGGGAACAUGGUAGCUUGCUUCCGAUACGCUACUAUAGAUGUUCAUUCGGUCUACCUUCCACCAUCAGUUCUAAGUUUCAACUAUGAUAAUCAGGACUGGAUACAGAGAGAGAUAGAUAAGGUGGCAGAGAGAGCAGAGCUUCUGUUUUCUGAAGUACUAAAUGCUAUUAGUCAAAUUGCAGUGAAAGGUUCUAGGCGUCGAAUUGGUCAACUCGAAGAACUGCUGCAAAGAGAGAAAGCAGAAUUUGAGGAAAAUAUGCAAAGGAUGUUGCAGGGGGAGGUGAAGGAAGGCCAGCCUCUUGUGGACAUUCUUGAACUAUACCGGCUUCGCAGACAGCUGAUAUUUCAGUCUUAUAUGUGGGAUCACCGCUUGAUUAAUGCCUCAAAUUUACAGAAGCUUGAGAGUAGUGAUGACACAAAGCGAGAAGAAAAUGAGAAACCACCCUUGGCUAAGAGCCAGACGCUCCCUGAGAUGAAUGCUGGGACAAACACUCUUCUUGCUGGCUCAGAGGAUAAUCCGAAUCCUGAUAGUGGUUCUACUGGUGACACUGGCUCGUUAAAUAAGGUUCAGAAGGAAGCUGACGGAAAUUUAGAUUUGAUUCAGGAAAAGGAAGAUGAGGGAGAAGUUUCUCCCAGCAAUACCUUACCUGAUACUUCUGAUCCUGUGGAAAAUAAACUCGAUGUUCGCAGGACACAGUCUGAUGGCCAUUUAGUGAUGAAAAAUCUUUCAGCCACUCUUGAUGCAGCAUGGAUAGGCGAACGUCAAACAUCAGAGGAUAUUCCAGCAAAUAAUAAGAUCUUGCUUCCUCCUUCCUCCAUGUCAAUCUCAGAGGGGUUAAAGCCAAUAGAUCUCCCAGAACAUCAAAAGGAAUCCAAGGUAGCCUAUCCAGUUUCACCUGCUUUGCCAAGUAAAAAUUAUGAGAACUCAGAAGAUUCUGUAAGCUGGUUAGGUAUGCCAUUCCUCAGUUUCUACCGCUCCAUCAACAAGAAUUUUCUGCUUAGCUCUCAGAAGCUCGAUACAUUUGGCGAGCACAGCCCUGUCUAUAUUUCAUCUUUUAGAGAGGCAGAGCUUCAAGGUGGACCAAGGCUACUUCUGCCUGUGGGUAUAAAUGAUGUUGUUGUUCCGGUGUAUGAUGAUGAGCCCACAAGUAUGAUCGCAUAUGCCUUGAUGACACCCGAAUAUCAACGCCAAAUUUCUGUUGAAGGGGAAUCUCUAGUUUCAUUUCCUUCUGAACUGAAUAUCCCUCGCCCAGUUGAUGACACCAUCUUUGACCCUAGCAGAAGCAAUAGUUCAGUGGAUGAGAGUAUACUUUCAAUGUCCUCGUCUCUGCGUCUUGACCCACUUUCAUACACAAAAGCUUUCAAUGCUCGAGUCUCAUAUGGAGAAGACGGCACUCUUGGGAAAGUGAAGUACACGGUUACUUGUUACUAUGCUAAACGGUUUGAGGCGUUGCGAGGUAUAUGUCUCCCUUCGGAACUUGAGUUCAUAAGGUCUCUUAGCCGGUGUAAAAAAUGGGGAGCUCAAGGUGGAAAGAGCAAUGUCUUCUUUGCUAAAACCCUGGACGAUCGUUUCAUCAUCAAGCAAGUCACCAAGACAGAACUGGAAUCGUUCAUCAAAUUUGCACCUGCUUACUUCAAAUACUUAUCUGAGUCUAUCAGCACGAAAAGCCCAACUUGCCUUGCAAAAAUCUUGGGAAUCUAUCAGGUCGCGACCAAGCAACUUAAGAGUGGUAAAGAAACAAAGAUGGAUGUUCUGAUAAUGGAGAAUCUUCUCUUUGGAAGAACUGUGAAGCGGCUUUAUGACCUCAAAGGAUCUUCCCGGGCGCGAUACAAUCCUGACUCUAGUGGGAGCAAUAAAGUCUUGCUGGAUCAGAACUUGAUUGAAGCAAUGCCCACUUCUCCCAUUUUUGUCGGUAACAAAGCAAAACGGUUGUUGGAAAGAGCUGUCUGGAACGAUACCGCCUUUCUUGCAUUGGGUGAUGUUAUGGAUUACUCGUUGCUAGUAGGCGUGGAUGAAGAAAAGAACGAGCUAGUUCUCGGGAUCAUCGAUUUCUUAAGGCAGUACACAUGGGACAAACAUUUAGAGUCUUGGGUGAAGUUUACAGGAAUCUUAGGAGGCCCCAAGAAUGAAGCACCAACAGUAAUCUCGCCAAAGCAAUACAAGAGAAGAUUCAGAAAGGCUAUGACUACUUACUUCCUCAUGGUUCCUGACCAGUGGUCUCCCCCUGAUGUCAUUGCUAAUAACUCCAGGGCAGAUCAACCAGAAGAAACCUCUCAAACCGGUACGCAAGCAGAGUGAUAUAUUUAUGAAUCCUCAAGAUGUCCAGUUUUUUUUUUGUGGUAUAGAAAUUGGUUUUGUGCAUAUGAGAACACUAUUCUUUGGUUAUGAUUCUUCUCUUGGAUAUGGAUUUUGUUUGCAUCUUUUAGAUUAUGUGUUGUUCAGAUAGAGUUUUAGAUGAUUGUCUGAAUGAUUCAUUAGAAAGAUGUGAGAUGAUUUCAGUUAGUAUCCUAUCUGUACAAAAACAACAUUUUUUCUUGUGUAUAUGAGAUUCUUUUCUAAUA